UUGUCGGCGGUCCACUUAACCUAUAUCGUUUGAGAGUUGUUUGGAAUCUUGGCCCUUUCUCAAGUUGGAAGUUACUCGUAUUGUAAGCUGAAAUUUGUAUUUUUCAGAGAGAAAAUAAUAUUUUGUGUCUUGUUCAGUCCAUACAGUCCUGCCUUAACAAUAUCAUUAUGGCGCAGAGAGGACUGCCACAGAGCAAAGAGGCCCUUCUCAAAUCCUACUCUGCACGACUGAAAGAUGAUGUGAAGUCACUCCUGGAGAAUUUUGAAGAAAUUGUCAAGCUGGCCAAAGGUGAAAGUGAUUCCCAGCUUAGCCGUAUGACACAGUGUGAACAGGAUACCUAUGAGAUGCAUGUUAGGUCUGCAAACAUCGUUCGCGCUGGAGAAUCACUUAUGAAGUUGGUCUCCGACAUUAAACAGUACCUUAUCUUGAAUGAUUUCCCCUCUGUCAAUGAUGCAAUCACUCAGAACUCUAAGCUAUUUCGUCAAAAACAAGGUGAGGCAGAUCAAAAGCUCAUGGUUUUGAGGGACGAUAUGGCUGCAGAUCUUUAUGAUCUCGAAGAAGAGUAUUAUAAUUCCGUUUACAAGUGCAGAAUAGCAGACUAAAUAAUUUUCAUUAUUCUGGAACAAGGAAUGGAUUUAAAAUUCCAAGUUCAAGCAUGGUUUGUUUGUUUAUUUUGAUCCAUAAGAACUGCCCAUUUUUUUGUUAUUUUUUUGCUAAUUUUAAUGGAAAUUAAAGUAACCAGGCCAGAUUAGAAUUAUUAAGUGCUACAUCUCCAUGUGAUAUAAUUUAAGUAUAGCUUUAUUUUAGUUUAAUGUCUAUUUACUUGUAGAUCUUAAUAAACUUGUAACUAUCCAACUGA